ACCUUGAAGUCUUUGAUUUAUAUGCACCAUUUCCUAGUGUGCUCGUGUGCCCUUAAAUUAUUUUCCAUUUUUAAGAUUCUCUUCUCCUUCUUCUGUCUCUUAAUUAUCAUAUGGCAUCGUCUGGGAAUAGCAGUGGCUCUCCUUGUGGUGCAUGUAAAUUUCUCAGGCGAAAAUGCGCAUCAGAUUGUAUUUUUGCACCUUAUUUUUGCUCCGAACAAGGCCCUGCACGGUUCGCUGCCAUUCAUAAAGUUUUUGGUGCCAGUAAUGUGUCUAAAUUGUUGUUGCAUGUUCCUGUGGCUGAUCGUUAUGAGGCUGUUGUCACAAUUGCCUAUGAAGCUCAGGCUCGGAUUAGAGAUCCUGUUUAUGGUUGUGUUGCACACAUCUUCGCCUUGCAACAACAGGUGGCAAUUUUGCAAGCUCAAUUGAUGCAACUGAAGGCUCAACUGGGUCAGAAUAGAAUGGAUCCGAGGAACAUGGAGAAUCAAUAUUGGCUGGGAAACACAGGGGGGGUGUCAUCGUUUCCUGCUAAUUAUCCAACUUACAUGAAUUCAAUAUCGCCACAAAGCUCAUUCGAAUCAGCAGAUCGCAACAACGAUGGGAUGAAUAUGCAAGAAAUAGAGAGCUGCAGAGAAGAAUUUUCAUUUCAAGCUUUUGCAAAUAAGAAGAGGCCGUGUAAUAGUACUGAUUUGGGUGAGCUUCAAGCACUUGCUCUUAGAAUGAUGAGAAAUUAAUUUCAAUAAUGUUUCUUCCUGAAAAUGAUGCUCCCCAAAUUAUGUAUAUACUCAGACUAUCCAAAACUUUAGUAUAAUUUGA